GCGGUGGUAUUUGAGCCAGGCUCUCCCGCUUUAAGGAAAAGAGAAGCAGAGAGAAGGCAAAGAAUAAGAAAGUGCUGAAUGGGAUUCAAGCAAAGCUGUGUGUGUGACUUUUGUUUGCAACCCCCCCCCCCGGAAAGCCCUCUUUUGUCUCACAGACUAGAGGUGAAUUGCAGGAGGAUGGCAACACUGUUCCUGAGCACAAUAUAAACUUGUUCUGAUCGAGAACAAUACAAGGACACUUUGAGGACAUCAGUCUAGGGAGAAGAAAGGUUUCAAAAUGGCAGAGCUUACUGUUGAGAGUGGUAGCUGCAUGGACUGGCAAAAACGAUGCCUUGCACUGGAGACGCAGCUCUUCAAAUUCCGCCUGCAAGCUAGCAAGAUCCGGGAGCUUCUGGCUGAGAAGAUGCAAGAACUGGAGCAAAGAGUGGUUGAGGCAGAACAGAGAGCCCAAAAUGCGGAGAAACAGGUUGAGGUCAUGGAAGAGAAGCUGAAGCUUGCCAACAUGAAAACAAGUGGUUCAAGCGAAUACAAGAAAUACCAGGAGCUGGUGAGCAGAAUGCAAGGAAAGAAUGAACUAAUCAAGAAACUGGAAGCACAGCUGGAAAAGCAGAAGCAACUGAGAGCAGAUGAUGCAAAAAUUGUCCAAGAAAAAGCUGCCAAAAUUAAGGACUGGGUGACUGCUAAACUCAGAGAGCUUGAGACGGAAAACCAUUACCUCAAGGAUUAUAAUCUGAGGCUGACUGAGCAGAUCAAAGCCCUUCAAGAAGCACUGCAGGAUUUGACGACUAUUUCUCCUGAAGAAUCUAUUUCCAGCUGCAACAUUCCGCUCCUUAGAGAUCCAUUGUCAUACCUCCAUGAGAACUCACACCAGGGUGCGAGGAUUCUUGCAAUGGACAUCAAACAGGCAUAUCAGAAUGUAUCUAUGGAAGGUGGUCCUUAUAUAGCAAGUGUAGUAUUUAUGGAUGAUGGCUGUGUAGCAGGUGAGGUUAACAAAUCAGUAUCUUCUCGAAGCACACUGAAGCUUAUCUCUGACUCUUCAGAUUACAAGAACUCUUCAGAAGAUAACUUGGUCUCCAUGGCACACCCCCAAAUCUGCCCAUCAUCAAACCACCAAGCUGAGACUGUGAAAUUUCAUGGAGUUUUAGGUUCACAGUCUUCUCAGGAGGAACUUGACAGUUCCAUUAGUGACUCAGACAAGACAUUAUCUGACCUGUGCAAGCCAUUAGAUGAACUGAGUACUGACUUGACCACUCAUAGGUUGAACUCCUUCUCUGGGGAAAUGAAAAAUGUCCUUAGUAGUUCUCUCUCAACAUCAAUUCCAGCCUUGAAGUUGCCAAAAUCCAUCACUUCAAUUCCCUGCAAUUUCCCAGGGAGGGGACUAGGUAACAGCAUGACUCUUCCCAAAGUUCGGACUCCUAGCAAUCCACGAGACAGCAUCCUGCUAGCCAAGAGGCAUUAUAGCCAACCACAGUCAGGAGUAGAUUCCUUUCAUCAUGUGGUGAACAUUGAGAUCAGCACGUUUCAGCCUAUAAGUGCUGCAGCACAUUGCCAGGGACAAGUGGAAGAGACAGAUAUUGAUGAAGAAAUAGCAGAAAACAUGGAGAUGGAAGACUGUUUAGUGGAGGAGGCAGGGAUGGAUGAAGAGAUUCAUCUGCAGUCUUGCUCCAGUAAGAAGACAGGGGCUUCUGAAAUUGGAGUGAUGGAUCCAGGAGGCAAGCCACCCACUCCGCCAUUGCACAGAUUUCCAUCUUGGGAAAGUCGGAUCUAUGCAGUAGCAAAGUCUGGAAUGAGGCUUUCAGAAGUGGCUGUCGGGAGCGACUCUUCUAAUCGAACUUCAAAUUCUCCAGCCUAUUCACCCCUUGGGCCAUUCACCUGCCUCGUUUACAGAAAUGUCACAGUUCCUGUCUAUACUAUGCUAAAAGGGAAAGCCACCCAAAUCAGCAACGUUCCUUUCUUAGAUGAGUCCUCAGGCUCUGAUGAUGACUGCAGCUCUCACAUUAGCUUCAGAACCUCCAGUGCAGGAUCUGAACCCAGAAGAACAAGCAUGCCAGGCAGUCCUCGUGCGGUGAAGAGAGCAGGUGUCUCUAUGUCUUCGCUAAGCUCAGAGAGUGACUAUGCCAUCCCACCUGAUGCCUACUCCUUGGAUGAAGACUAUUUUGAACCAGAGCACAAAUUGAAGCGCACAUCAUCCUAUUCCACUGAUGGUGGAGUAUGCAGUGAACCACUGGAGAAAUCUGGCUAUUUGCUGAAAAUGGGAAACCAGGUGAAGGCAUGGAAGAGACGAUGGUUUGUCCUGAGAAAUGGACAGAUCAUGUAUUAUAAGUCCCCGAGUGAUGUCAUCUGCAAGCCCCAGGGGCAGUUUGAACUGAAUUCUUCUUGCCAGAUCAUACGGGGUGAAGGAUCUCAAACAUUCCAGCUCAUCACUGAAAAACGAACCUACUUCCUGACAGCUGACUCUCCUAACAUCCUGGAGGAGUGGAUUCGUGUCCUUCAAAACAUCCUGAAGGUGCAGGCAACUGAAGUCCCUCUCAGUGAUGCCAAACCCACUGUGAAAGGCUGGCUCACCAAGGUGAAACAUGGACGCUCCAAGCUGGUUUGGUGUGCAGUGAUUGGAAAAACCUUUUACUAUUAUCGAAAUCAUGAAGACAAGUGCCCUCUAGGCCAUUUGCACAUGCGGGAAUCAAAGGUGGAAGAAGUGGAUCACUCUUGUGAUUCUGAUGAAGAUUAUGAAGCUAAUGGUGGGGGCCUGCUUUCUUCUCACUGCACCCUGGUUAUUCACCCUCUGGAGCAGAGUCCUACCUACCUACUCAUUGGUACCAAACAGGAGAAGGAUACCUGGUUGUACCACCUGACAGUAGCAGCAGGAAGCAGCAGUGCAAAGGUGGGCACUGCCUAUGAGCAGCUGAUUGGAAAGUUACUAGAUUCAGAAGGAGAUGCAAAUUCUCCAUUGUGGAAACAUCCUAUGCUGUGUUACAGCAGGGAUGGGCUGCAGACUUCCCUCACCACUCUACCUUCAGAAGCACUGCAGACAGAGGCCCUCAAACUCUUCAAGUCUUGCCAGCUGUUCAUCAACAUUCCUGUGGAAGCUCCAUCUAUCGAUUAUCAUGUGACACUGGCUCAGACAGCACUACAGGUGUGCCUGACCCACAGCGAGCUGCAGAAUGAAAUCUAUUGUCAGUUAGUUAGACAGACCAACCGAGAAGCUCAGAAUCACUCUGUCAUCCAGUGCUGGCAAUUACUGGCUCUUUGUGCUCCUCUCUUCCUGCCUCAGCACCAUUUCCUUUGGUACCUCAAGCAUCACCUGCAGCAGCGUGCAGACCCUAGAAGUGAAAUAGGCAAGUAUGCCAUCUACUGUAGGAGAUCAAUGGAACGCACUCUGAAAGCUGGAGAGCGUGAAACCAGACCUUCCCGAAUGGAGGUAGUGUCCAUUUUGCUGAGAAAUCCUUACCACCACUCACUCCCCUUCAGCAUCCCAGUGCACUUCAUGAAUGGAACCUACCAGGUGGUAGGCUUUGAUGGCUCCUCAACCGUGGAUGAGUUCUUGCAGCAGCUGAACCAGGAGACAGGAAUGAGGCAGUCAUCCAACUCUGGGUUUUACCUAUUUACAGAUGAUCCUUCUGGUAGGGAUCUAGAGCACUGCCUACAAGGCCCUAUGAAGAUCUGCGAUGUCAUAUCAAAGUGGGAGCAAGCUUUGAAGGAGUUGAAUCCUGGAAAAUAUGAAGGUGGCACGAGAAUAGUGAAACUAACCUAUAAAAACAGAUUAUAUUUUCGAAACCAAGCAAAAGGCGAGACAGACCGAGAACGUUUGCUGUUGGCUUUCCAGAUUAGUCAUGAAAUAGCCAGAGGGAGAUUCCCUGUCAAUAAGGAGCUGGCUCUGGAAAUGGCAGCUUUGAUGGCUCAGGUGGAAUAUGGGAAUUUGGAUCGACCAGUAGCAUCCAGCCCUGGAGUGUCAUCUCACUCCAAAACGCAACAUCUUCUCCAGCAGGUCCUGGACAAAUUCUAUCCCAAGCGCUACAAACAUAGUAUUACUCCUGAACAGCUAAGGCAGCUAGCUGACCAAUUAGCUACGAAGUGGAUGGUGCUACAAGGAUGCUCUCUGCAAGAAUGCAUUCGGAUCCAUUUAACUGUAGCUCGGAAAUGGCCCCUUUUUGGAGCCAAACUGUUCACCACUAAGCCUGUCCUACCUUCGUUGGGAGAUUCUCCACUUUGGAUAGCUGUGAAUGAAGAUGGAAUCAGUAUACUGGAAUAUAAUAAUUUGCAUUUAACGUUGGCUUACUCGUACUCUUCUGUACUGACCUUUGGAGGCUGUCAGGAUGACUUUAUGCUUGUAGUCAGCCAAGUGGACAGGUGUUCUGGCAAAACCACUACUGAAAAACUGCUUUUUACAAUGGCAGCUGUAAAGAUUGUUGAAGUGACUCUCCUUAUCGCCAGCUAUAUUAACUGCAGUUCAUCAUCACCACACCUGUCUCCUAUGCCACCUUCUCAGAGCAUCAGUUCCCCAUGGAGAACAUCAUCUACUAAGAAGCUCAUGGAACUUGAAAGCAGGUCUUUCUUUCCCUCUCUGCCCCGGACCACUAAAGGUCCUACACUGCUAUAAUCACUGUUUCGAGAGCCUUUAGACGUUACCUUGCCACACUGUGAAUUGAAGACUGCUGUGAUUUCACUGCUUAUGUACCCUGUUAAUCAGGCAGACUCCAGGUCUACCUCCUUGGUAAAGUGCAACGUUCCUAAAGGCUUGGUUAGAGCUAGAUACCUCUUUUUUCCCCCUAUAAGAAUUAGAGCUGGGGGUGGGGUUACUUAUUUUGAAUAAACUGGGUACCUUUCACUCUGUUUGCCCCUUCUGUCCUUAUAGCUUAACAUUGCAUUACUUUCGACCACUUGUGAAUCACACCCCAGAUUUUCAUCUCUUUGAGUGACUUUGCACACCUGCAACUACACUGAAGUUGUUGAUUUUGCAAUCAGGAUUGCUCUCUUUACCCUUUUGAUAUUGCACUUUGCCUCAGACUACACUCCUGACUGAUAGAAUCCUGAUACCAUUAAUUUCCUUACUAAUCAUGUGUUCUCCAUCACAGUUUCUCAGCUGUUAAUUCAUUUCUUCCUGAAUGUGCACUCUUUGUUUCGACCUGCACACUUCCCAGGACUGAAAGCUUGAUCCUGGAUAUUCAUCUCUUGAUUGCCUAAUUUGACUCUUGUCUUUCCCGCUCUCCCCUUACAAAAUAUAAAUAUGCCUAUUUAUCAAAGAUCCCAAUUCUUCCAAAUAUUUUGUUUCCCUACUUCACCCCCUGAAGUCUGUUGUGUAAAUGUUGUGUACCAUAUUCUUCAUAGAAUUAUUUAAAGUGCAAUGCAUGUUGAGAAAAACAUCCUGAAAUAAGCUGAUGACAAUAGGUGCCGACGUAUCGAACGCACUUGAUCAGAGAAUUAACAUAAUUUAGCAGGCAACUAGAAUAAUAUAUUGUUGCUUUUAAAGAGAGCCUGGAGAGGGGAAAUAGCUAGGUUAUGGGUUUUUCCCAAUGGAAAUGACUUUUGUCCUGUAGAAAUGGGUGUGGGUGGAGGGGGAGAACUGCCUGGGAAUACUGUUGCUUUUAAAGACAGCUUAGCAAAGGAAAUAGGUAGGUUGAGGGUUUUCCCCCGUCAAUGCCUUUGUACUGUUUUUCACAAGCAUAUUGGUCAGUACUCUGAAGACAAGUAAAGCUGACUGGGAGGACUGGAGGUAGAUUAGGAUAGGAAUACCCAGGCUCACAAAGCAAUUUUAUCAGGCCCUCAAUGGUCCUGCCAACGUUUGUUCAAGGUGCGAUAAAUAUUUUGCCCAAACAUUCACUCAUAAGGAAAAUGUAUUUUUUCAAAACUUGUGAGAUACAGAGGUGUUCCACACGUUUGAUGUUUACACAUCUAUUUGGAUUUUGUAUAUUAACACCUCAGUUAUACAUAAGUUCAUAUGCUCCAUAAAUGUGAAGUCCUUGCUGUUAGAUGGUGCUCACCUUAUCUUUGAGCUCCAGUGCCUGCAAGGAAGUUGGGGGUGAUGAUGGCAGCAAAAUGUAUGUCUGGACCACAGUCUGGAGUGACCUCAAAAAUACAGAGGUUGGCCACCCCUGCUUCAUGAGCUAAAAAUGGAAAAUAGUCUCAUACUGAAGUGUUGGACACUUAUCGGCAUUUUUUCUUUUUGCUUACUGCCUAUGUCAAAUAUUGUGUGUAGGGGGGAAAUACAAAAUAUAAGAUGGCUGGGUGUGUCAAACUAGGUAGUUGAUAUACUUCCAAGGUGAGUCCAAGAGUUGCAAGAGAUACCAACGUAAACAUGAGUCAACAUUACAGUAUUGUGGCAUAAAUAGUUAAUGCCAUUUGAAGGUACCUACACUAGCAGCAGCUAGUAAUGUGGUGCAGUGGGAAAAUGGCAUGUGGAUGACUGACAUCAUGAGGGCUAUUAUACAUAUAGGACAGAAAUUAAUAUGCAGCUACAGCUUCAUGGUUCCCAUAAUAUAUAAUUUCAAUCUUACCAAAAGGCUUGUGGGGGGAAAGUAUCAGUCUGUUUGGCACUGGAAAGACCUUUGCUGGAACACUGUGUUCAUUUCUGAAUACACAAAAUACAGUUCGUGCUGAUCAAUUGGAAAUGAGAGUUAUAAGGAUGGUCAUAGGGUUUAGAAAACAAAUAAUGUAAAGAAAGUGGGCAUGUUUAACCAAAACAAAAGAAGGCUAAGGCAAUCCAAUGCACACUUAAUUGGGAGUUAGCCCCUAUUUAUACAGCCACGGUAGAUACUAUAGUCAGCAUGGAUUUGUUGCAUUCUGCAAUGUUAAAUUGAAAAUACCCCCCAUGCCAUUCUGAUGCUUCCCAUAAGCUCAUUUCGAAACAAAACGCUACAAAACUUAGUCCUGAACUCAAAUGCUUGCUUAACAACCCUCUAAAUUUUCAUGGUGAUACACAAAACAGUCAGAGAGAAUCGAGAGUUCAAAGUGUAAGAAGAGAGAGGAAAAAACCAGACCCCUUUUGGACUUUUUUCUGUUGCCCCAUUCCUUGACCUUCAUCUUUUGCAGUUUUAAAAAUGCCUGGCUGAUUUUUAAUUAAUUUAACAAAUUUAGCAUUGAAGUCAAUGAUAAGGCCGGGCAUGCUCAGUAAGAACCAACUGUCAGUGUUCUCAAAGCCAGACUUACAGCUGCGGGGCUUGCCAGGGGGCCACACCC